AUGUAACAAAAAUCUAUUUCUUAUGUUAGAUAAGCACUAUAAUAAAUUGCAUUUGAAAUGGGAAAGCCAAUAUCAUCAGUUGAACCAUAUAUUGAAAUGUAAAUGGAUUGUUAUAUUUUAAGUCUUGAAGAAAAUUGGUAUGAUACAAAAGAUUCAAUUAAAAAGAUGAAGUAGGAAAAUUUUGAUGAAUUUAAAAUUCCAAAAAGAAUAGGUUAAUUACUUAUGGAGUUUGUACAAAGACCUGAUGAAUAGAAAUUAAAUUGGCAAUUAGAAUUGACUAAAAUAAUUUCAGAAAUUUCAGAUUAGGAUUAACUUUAUAAAACAUUAGAAAUACUUUUUAAAAUAAUAUCUAAUGUUGUUAUGAAUCCAUUAAGUUUAGAAAAAUAAAAAAUAAAUAUAAGCUCAAAAACACUUUAAAACAACAUACUUAAAUAUCCAUCAGCAUUAAAUUAUUUAAAGAAUUUAGGUUGGAAUAUAGAAGCUGAAUAUUUAUUGGUGUAAUAUAAAAUGGAACAAUAAGGUGUAUGGAAAGAUGCUGUUGAAGAAUUGGUGAAUUAUACUGAAAAGAAAUAAGGAUUUAAUCCCUAAAAACCAAUAAUUCAUUCUUCAUCAUCAAAUGUAUCAAUCACUUCUUAAUUGGCCAAAAAUGAAGGUUAUGAUAUUUAUUCAUUCUCUCAAAAGCUUGAAUAAUUACAUCAGAAAAGAUUUGUAAUAUAUAAUUGUUAUCAUAAGGAAAUUAUGAGUUAACCAAUUACUAAUAGAGAUAUUAAAAUAUUUAUUGGUAGAAAAUAAUAAUCACCUGUAUAGUUAUAAUAACAAAUUCAAAUCUAAGAUGAUUAUGAAGAAGUUUAACCUUAGAAAGAUGAAUAAUUAUUGUAAUUUCUUUAACAAGUUGCUUAGGUAAUUUAAAUGUAAUAAUUUAUAUAUAGUCUCUUGAAGAAUAACAAUUUGCUUCAAAAAGAAAGAAGGAAUUUGAAGAACUUCUUAAAAAACCUAUAUUCUCAAAAACAGAUAUAAGAGUUUAAUUUCCAAAUAGUGUUAUUGUUUAAGCUAUUUUUGGACCAUUAGAAACAUUAAAAACUUUAUAUGAUUUAAUAAAGGAUGUAAGUUUAUUGAAUUUAUAUAUAUAAUUUUUAGAUGCUAGAAGAUUAAAAUCUUGAAUUCUACUUGUAUACUUCCCCUCCUCCUGUAAGAAUGACAUAAAAAUAUUUUAAUCAAAAUUUUGAUGAUUUAAAUUCAGUUCCUAAUGGACUAUUUUAUUUUGGAGUAGAAAAAUAAACUUCAAAUUUCUAUUUGAAAGAAUAAUGGAUGAAAACUGCAAGAGAGCUUUGAG